CUGUCUACCAUCCUACAGUUCAUCCUUCUACCGGUGCCAUCACAUGGAAGCUAGGAGACAGGCUCCCAGAAGACAGCUGUGCCCGCCUGGGAUCACUUGGCUGGCCCUGGCCUAUCUGCUCAGCUGCCUGCUUGCCUCCAGCAAGGCCAAGGUCUUCAGUCGCUGUGAGCUGGCCAAAGAGCUGCAUGACUUCGGUCUGAAUGGCUACCGGGGAUAUAACCUGGCCGACUGGAUUUGCCUCGCUUACUACACAAGUGGCUUCAACACGGACGCUGUGGAUCACGAGGCUGACGGAAGCACCAACAAUGGCAUCUUCCAGAUCAGCAGCCGGAAGUGGUGCAAGACUCUCGCCCCAAAUGGCCCCAAUUUUUGCAGGAUAUACUGCACUGAUUUGUUGAGCAAUAAUCUCAAAGAUUCUAUCGUCUGUGCCAUGAAAAUAGUUCAAGAGCCCCAGGGUCUGGGCUACUGGGAAGCCUGGAGGCACCACUGCCAGGGCAGGGACCUCAGUGACUGGGUGGAUGGCUGUGACUUCUAGGACCCUCUCUGGAUGGACUAAGCCACACACAGC